AUGCCUUACCCUCCGUCCCCACUGCUUGACAAGGAAUCAUCAUCACUAGGAACAGACCCCGGCAAAUCUCUGCGCGGUCCGGAGGAGAACCUGACCAUGAUCCAAUUUCUCACUGUAUCUUGGAUGAAUCCCAUCAUUUCUCUUGGGAGAUGUGGCCGUCUGGAUGAAUCGUAUGUGUGGCAGCAGCCUGUAUUGGGUCUCGAGUGCUCGCGAGUAUGCGAAAAGUUCAAAGAAUUCAGGGGUUCCGUCUUGAGCCGCCUCUGUCAAUCCAAUGCCGUCGAUUUAGUCGUUAUAGGCAUGCUCGCAAUGUUUGAAUUAGCUUGCGAGGCCAUGCUGCCAUUGCUCCUCAAGGAAAUUCUUCGAUCAAUGGACACUUCUCCAUCUCGCAAAGGUGUGAUCUUGACCUACGCACCGAUCACAUUAGGUGUGCAGUUCGCGAAUACGCAAAUGGAAAUCAUUCAUGCAUGGUAUGGCUGGAGAUGCUAUGAGAGAAGUCGAUGUGUGUGUACCAUGAUGAUUUUUGGAAAAGCGCUGUCCAGGAAGAGUACAAUUGGUUCUACUGCGCGACAACCAGUCGCCAACUUGUCCGGUCAACCGCAGAGGGUGUCUAUUCCGACGGAGUGGAGCAGGUUUGGCAGAAUUUUCGGACGUCACUUGCUGGCAGAAGAUCGCAAGCCUCACCGGGUUACAACUCCCGGAAAGAUCCUGAAUCCUUUCAGAGGAGACGCGUAUGCAAUCUCGCAACGCUUCUGGGAGUUUGAUCAACUCCUCAAGGCGCCCAUCGGCAUUGUUAUUGCCGCAGCCUUGGUCUGGCAGCUUCUUGGGCCAGCUUGCUACCUAGGCAUCCUAUCCCUCGUCGUCUCCCAGGUCGGGAGCGCCCUACUGAUAAGGACUUUAGUUCAGUACGAGCGCCAGAGGAAAUUGGCUACCGACGAACAACUCCAGCAAUCAUCUCCAUUUCUAGAAAGCAUUCGACAUUUGCGUUGGUACAACUGGCAAAACCACUGGCUAGAACAAGUACAAUCAGCGCGAAGCAAAGAACUUUUCGCGCGGCUGAAAUUCGCACUCCUACAAGCAACGAACCGAUUCAUCAACGUUUUGUCCAGCUCGCUUCUGCCAGUCCUCGCCUUUUUUGCCUACACCAAAUUCGCGCAUCGUCCUCUCACUGUGGACUUGAUGGAUGAGGCUACUGCGUCGCUGGACGCGGAGAGUGGGAGUCGAGUCCAGGAGAUCUUGAAGCGGGAAUGGCAGGGGAUAACAAGAAUUACGAUCGCACACCGUGUUGAGGCGGUGAAAGAUGCGGACUUUGAGAUUUUUUUUGCCUUGUUGCGAGUACGUUCCCGAGCGUUACUGCAUGGCGACUCGGCAAGAUUAGGCUUAUGCAUCUGGCAUGCUCUCAAAAAUACUUCCGAGGGACAGGGCGUAGGCUUCCCGGCGCGAGCGAUAGAUGAUCGUCGUCUUCAUGAUGUUUUCUGUCCAGCUCUUCCACGUCUAUGGUCAGUAGUUGGCUUCUCGCGCUGGUAG